AGUCAUCUGUAAUCAUCUACAUUUUGUUAAAAAAGUUCCUGAAGAAAGGAAAUUUAAGAAAAUCACUGGACUUGAAAGCUAAAUAGAAGUGUGGAAAUGGCCACUACAUUGGAAGAUAAAUCGAUAUGGGAAGAUGGCGAGGAAUUGGGCGAAGAAGUUUUACGUAUGUCUACUGAUGAAAUAGUAAGCAGGACCCGUUUAAUGGAUAAUGAAAUCAAAAUAAUGAAGAGUGAGGUUAUGCGUAUAACUCAUGAAAUCCAAGCUCAAAAUGAGAAAAUUAAGGACAAUACGGAAAAAAUUAAGGUCAAUAAAACUCUGCCGUAUUUAGUUUCAAAUGUCAUUGAACUGUUAGAUAUGGAGGCACCAGAAGAUGAAGAUGACGGAGCCGUCUUAGUAUUAGAUAAUCAACGUAAAGGCAAAUGUGCCGUUAUUAAGACAUCAACACGUCAAGCAUAUUUUCUACCUGUAAUUGGUUUAGUUGAUGCCGAAAAAUUGAAACCAGGCGACUUAGUAGGUGUUAAUAAGGAUUCAUAUUUGAUAUUGGAAACUUUACCUGCUGAAUAUGACGCCCGCGUCAAGGCUAUGGAGGUAGAUGAACGACCUACCGAGCAAUAUUCAGAUAUCGGUGGUUUGGAUAAACAGAUACAAGAACUGAUUGAAGCAGUUGUCUUGCCUAUGACCCACAAAGAUAAAUUCAAGAUUUUAGGUAUACAACCUCCAAAAGGUGUUUUGUUGUACGGACCUCCCGGAACAGGGAAAACACUGUUGGCUCGUGCUUGCGCGGCACAAACGAAAUCAACCUUUUUAAAAUUGGCCGGUCCUCAGUUGGUGCAAAUGUUUAUUGGCGAUGGUGCCAAAUUAGUAAGAGAUGCAUUUGCUUUGGCGAAAGAAAAGGCACCAGCUAUCAUUUUUAUCGAUGAAUUAGACGCUAUAGGCACAAAACGUUUUGAUUCGGAAAAGGCAGGAGAUCGUGAAGUGCAGCGAACUAUGUUGGAAUUAUUAAAUCAACUGGAUGGCUUUAGCUCCACUGCCGAUAUUAAAGUGAUCGCUGCCACAAAUCGCGUAGAUAUUUUAGAUCCAGCUCUUCUUCGUUCAGGUCGCUUAGAUCGUAAAAUAGAAUUUCCUCAUCCCAAUGAAGAGGCUCGCGCACGCAUUAUGCAAAUUCACUCCCGUAAAAUGAAUGUUAGCAACGAUGUCAAUUUCGAAGAACUCGCCCGGUCUACUGAUGAUUUUAACGGAGCGCAAUGUAAGGCUGUUUGUGUAGAAGCUGGUAUGAUCGCUUUACGUCGUUCGGCUACUCAGGUGACACAUGAGGAUUUUAUGGACGCUAUUAUGGAAGUACAGGCCAAAAAGAAGGCCAAUUUGAACUACUACGCUUAGAUGAGAGAUUUAUUAAUAAGUGUUCUGCUAGCAUUUCGGAGCGAGAAACGAAUACAUAAAUAAAAAAAAUAAAAAUAA